AUGUCUCUCGAGGUAUAUCAAAAACACGGCAUCUGCUCCGACGACAAAAGUACUUCUUCACCCUCGACGGUAGCCGGGGAUCUUGAGGAGGUAGCACAAUUCACCCACAAAGGCUUCAAAGACGUCACCGUCAUCAAGACGCCGACUCCCUUUGGGACGGAGGAAGAGUUGGGUCCCACCUCCGAAUACCUCCCCCAAGCUCCCAAGGCAAGCAAGCGGGCCCUCCGCAAGUUUGACCGUUUCUCCGUCCUCGUCCGCAGGAUCGUCAAUCGCCAUGGCGAUAGGGACAUGCUUACGGGCACCGAGCUGUGCAUUCAGUCCCCAACACUCUGCGACAUCUUUCGAAGCAUCGUCGUCGACACACACGCAAGCUUUGACAUCACCUCCACUCCCAUCGUCAUGCCAGCACCUUUCUACGAAUUGUUCUUCCGACGAAAGGAGAUCGAGGCGUAUGUGAACGGAAGCGAGAAAGAGGAGAGCCGCGCCGAGGUCAAGCUGCUGCAUGACUUCUUUCGCAACGACAAACUGACCAUCAACAACAUUGCGGAAUACGAGUCGAUGAUUGCCCAGGGCAAAGUCAACGACAAGACGCUGUGGACCCUGUAUCCACCCAACGAGCUGCUGUUUCUCAACACUGGGGGGGAUCCUGAGUGCUGGCUCUGCCGUGAUGUUCUGGCUGAUCCCAAUAACCCAACCCGCUGGUGGGUCACUGGUGCACGGCUCGACUUCAACGGCCAUGAACUGGGGCUCACGAAUCGAAGAUGCGCCAUCUCCUUUGCUGGAAGGGUCGAUAGGAGCAUGGACAUCUCCGAGCUGCCUCUGGUGCCGAAGCGCUACUUUGACCGGGCCGCCCAAGUCACGGAUGAGAUCGUCAAGAGAGGUCAGGUCUACCGGGACAUCAUGGGUUGCGAUCUGAACGGCCACGCAUACCGCCAUUAUAAAGGACCCGUGUGGAGUAACGAUAGAGUUGAUGCCUCUGCCAGGGGCGUGACCAAUGAGCGUGUUGUCGUCGACUAUAAAGCAUUCUUGGACUCGAGUCCCUCUCAGGCAUCUUGCCUUGAGAACCUCGGAAAAGGAUCGCCAUCGUCAGGCUCCGACUCCGACUCCGACUCCGACUCUGACUCCGACUCUCCUACAGCCAAAUCUAGUGGCCCUGAUGACGGAGAGAAAGACGCAUUUGUCGCUCUGCUUAAGAAAAUCCCAGAAAGACGCGGCGUGAGCACCAUGGAAGACCUGCUCCUUCUCAGCCCGCCCCGCAUGCCGGCUUAUGGGCUGAAAUCGAAGAAAUGGGGUUGGGUCCUGAUCGAAAACCUUACGCCCGUCGAGGCGAGCGAGGUCCCCUUCCAAUCUUUGCAAGCCGAUCCGACAACGAAGUCGCUGGUCAGAUCCCUCGUCAUGGGCCAUCAGAACGGUGGGCUGGAUGACGACUUUGAUGAUGUUGUCAGGAAUAAGGGAAAGGGUCUUGUGAUGAUGCUGCACGGAAAACCGGGCAUAGGCAAGACCCUUACAGCAGAGGGCAUCGCGGAGCUGAACGGCUCUCCACUAUACAGCGUCUCAGGCGGUGAACUAAGCGUCGAUGUUACGAGAGUGGAGGAAAAGUUGACAUCGGUCUUCGAACUUGGCAAGAGAUGGAAGGCCAUCAUACUCCUAGACGAAGCAGACGUGGUCAUGACCAAGAGAAGCUCCUCAGAGCUCGAGAGAAACGCAAUUGUCGCGGGUGAGCUUCCUCCACACUGCGCUGGCAUACUCUUCCUCACAACGAACCGCCAGGACCAAUUCGACGAGGCGUUUCAGAGUCGGAUACACCUCACCAUCAAGCUGCCCGAUCUGGGCCCUAAGGAACGGCAGGGCAUUUGGGAGGCCCUUGUGCGUUUCAAUGGCAAGGUGACGGACGAAACGAGCUGGACGCCCCAUAUGUUUGAGAUCUUGGGCAGGUUGGAGGUGAAUGGACGACUGAUCAAGAACCUGUUGAGGACGGCCACCUACCAUGCAAGAUCGACCAAGAGAGAUAACCCGCUAUGCCCGAGCCACCUCUGUGAGGUCAUCAAGGUGGAGCUCUCGAACCACAAGAAUAUUGAAGAGGUGUUGUCAGAGCUGGAGAUGUUGAUCGCGCAGCCGAGGCCAGGGGUGAAACAGGUGAACGGGAUGCCCAGAAUGUCAAAAGCCCCAUCUGCUCUGACAUCAGCUUGA